AUGGCUUACGGAUUUUUCUCUUUCCAUAUUAAACCCCAAGCUUGUUUUUAAAGGCGCUAUUGUAUAAAUUAAAAUUUUAUAUCGUUCCACGCAGCCUUAUAGAGUAUGUAAAUACAGGCCAGAAUAAAUGUGUUGUGCUACAGAAUAUAUUUUGUACUAAAUAAUCUCCUAAGUAAUAAAGAUACUCUUGCUGUUGUGUAUUAGACUGUACAACUAUGAUUCAAGUUUAGCUUUACCACAUUUUUUUUUUUAAACAUCUAUUUUUUAACAAUAUACUAUAAGCAUUUCUCAAAGGGAUUUAAGAGACUGACAGCGAAAGGAAAUUGAGUUCUGUUCGAAAGACAAAUCGGUGAGAUCUAGUGCCCCUUCUGUCAUGUUUUUGCAAUUGCCAUAUCGGUGUGGAAGCUCUGUGAGUUUGGGAAAGAGGAAGAUUCAUGGGCACCGCAGCCCCUGAGGAGCAAAGUGUCACGGGGAGCCUGGCAAGGAGUGGACUGGUAAGAAAAAUUCUGCAUUUCUAAUGCGUUGAAAACAGAUGCUAUCGUGUUUGGUAAAAAGAAACAACCCGUUCCAUGGUCUCCUUUGAGUCCUCCUGUACAGAAGCCGUUUCCUAUUUUACAGACAAGCAGCUUCAUAUUCAAAGAGAAGAUGACAAUGUGACAAGGAACUGCAAUAAAAGUGGUCUUUGCAGGCACAAUGACCGAGCAACAAAGUCCCCCCGAGCAGAUGGCGACUGGGGAGGGUGCUGGCGAGCGUGGUGGCAAUUACAAGAUCACCAUCUACGAGCUGGAGAAUUUCCAGGGGAAGAAGUGCGAGCUGACAGAGGAGCUCCCCAACAUCACCGAGAAGGAGCUGGAGAAGGUGGGCUCCAUCCAGGUGGAGUCUGGCCCGUGGUUGGGCUUCGAGCGGCAAGCCUUCGCCGGGGAGCAGUUUGUGCUGGAGAAAGGGGACUACCCGCGCUGGGACUCCUGGUCCAACAGCCACAACAGCGACAGCCUGAUGUCCAUCCGCCCCCUCCAGAUCGACAGCCCCGACCACAAGAUCCACCUCUUUGAGAACGCGGGCUACACCGGGAGGAAGAUGGAGAUCGUGGACGACGACGUCCCCAGCCUCUGGGCCCAUGGCUUCCAGGACCGCGUGGCCAGCGUCAGGGCCCUGAACGGAACGUGGGUGGGCUACGAGUACCCGGGGUACCGGGGUCGCCAGCACGUCUUCGAGAAGGGCGAGUACCGCCACUGGAACGAGUGGGAUGCCAACCAGCCCCUCAUCCAGUCCGUGCGCCGCGUGCGGGACCAGCAGUGGCACCAGCGGGGCUGCUUCGAGAACAGCUGAGGGACCCCCCCAGCCCUGUGUGUGUCCCCCACCCGGGGCCAGGGGCCGGCUGACACGAUGCCGCCGGCUGAGGCCGUGACCUUGGUGGUUUUUUUUUUUGUGCAAAAACCUCAAUAAAGCUCUGAGCUGGAGGCUGA